CUUCAUUUUGAAAAAGUGGUUUGCUCAACAUUAAAAAAGAAUGCUAAGCGAAAUCCUAAACUAGAUCGAGAGAUACUGAAGGAAAUUAUAUCCAGUGGAAAUUUUAGACUACAGAAUAUAAUUGGCAGGAAAAUGGGCCUGGAAUUUGUAGAUAUUCUCAGUGAACUCUUUCGAAGGGAACUCAAACAUCUCUUAGCAAAUAUUUUGGCACAGCUUAGUGACAUGGACUUAAUCAAUGUGUCUAAAGUGAGCACUACUUGGAAGAAGAUUCUAGAAAAUGAUAAAGGGGCAUCCCACUUGUACAAAAAAGCAAUGGAAAGAGUUACUGAAAAGAGCAUUAAGUUUUCACCACAUGCUUCAACCAGAGAGUAUGUUACGAUCAGAACUGCGUUAGCUUCUGUUCAGAAAUCAGCAUCGCAGCCGCUUCCCAAGAAAGAUGCUCAAGCCAAGUUAUCCAAGCAGGAUGACCGGAAAAGUUCUGCUUAUAGUCGACACAGUGAAUUCUCUGAGGUUGCCAAGACUUUGAAAAAGAGUGAAAGCCUCAAAGCGUGCAUUCGCUGUAAAUCGCCAGCCAAAUUUGAUUGCUAUUUGCAGCGUGUCCAUGCGUUGAAGGCUUGCCUCCCAUCCCGUGGCAAUAAUGGGAAGCAGUAUGAGAGGAAGUUAGGUCGUCGGUGA